AGCCUGUCCUCUGUCCCCACUUUAAACUUUAUAAAACCCCACAUCAUCCCUAAAUCCUCAUCAAGUCCUUCACCACCUUCAUUGCCUCCUCAAUCCUGAUACCUUGCUUUCAACCCCAUUUCUUCUUCUAUCAAUUCUCCCAAUAAUUUGUUGCAGUACCCAGAUCAUUCUUUUCUUCCCAUCCUACCAAAAACACAUAAAAAUGUGUUCCGCUAAAUUGAAAUGGCAGAGGGGGGCUAAUGCUAGCCUGACAGUCGCUCAAAUCAAUGGCCGCCCUGUCCUUCAGCCAACUUGCAACCAAGUUUCUAGCUUAGAAAGACGCAAUUCAGUUAAGAAGACUUCCCCAAAAAUCCCUUCUCCACCAUCUCUUCCUUCACCAACUGAUACUGCUAAUCCUAAAACAAAGCCUUUUUCAUUGUCCCCCCCUGUCUCACCCAAGUUAAAAUCACCUAGGCCACCAGCGCUGAAGAGAAACAAUGAUCCUGAUGGGCUGAAUUCUAGAGCUGAGAAGGUCUUGACACCACAAUGCUCCACUAAGCAGGCGAGUUCAAUAAAAAAGUCAAAAAAAUCUGGUGGGGUUGCAGCUGCAACUUCUGUUGAGACCUUCCAAUUGAAAUAUUGUUCCUCCAUGAUAAUUGAGAACCCAGGAAGGAUAGCAGCCGCCAGGAGGGAACAUGUUGCAAUGAUGCAAGAACAACGAAAGAUAAGAACUGCCCAUUAUGGAAGAACAAAAUCUUCCAAGUAUGAAGGGAAGGUGGCUCCUCUUGAGUCAUUGAGUGCUCAGGAAGAAAAAAGAUGUACUUUUAUCACACCUAAUUCAGAUCCUAUCUAUGUUGCUUAUCAUGACGAAGAAUGGGGAGUUCCUGUCCAUGAUGAUAAACUGUUGUUUGAAUUGCUAGCGUUGACUGCUGCACAAGUUGGAUCAGAUUGGACUUCAGUCUUGAAGAAACGGCAAUUGUUUAGGGAUGCUUUUUCUGGGUUUGAUGCAGAAAUUGUUGCCAGAUUCACUGAAAAGAAGAUAACUUCAGUUAGCGCUGAGUAUGGCAUAGAAUUAAGCCAAGUUCGAGGAGUUGUUGACAACUCCAACCGUAUUCUUCAGAUUAAGAAAGAAUUUGGGUCAUUUGACAAGUAUUUGUGGGGAUUUGUGAACCACAAGCCCAUUUCCACCCAAUACAAAUCAUGCCACAAGAUCCCUGUGAAGACCUCAAAAUCAGAAACCAUAAGCAAAGACAUGGUGAAGAGGGGUUUUAGAUUGGUUGGCCCUACGAUCAUUCACUCACUAAUGCAAGCCGCUGGCCUCACCAAUGACCACUUGAUCUCUUGUCAGCGACACCUCCAAUGCGCCGCCGACCGUCCCGCAGUAGCCACCACUUUAUAGAAUCACAUGACAAGAUGACAAAUUCAUAAAGCAUAAGCUAUAGUAGCUGAUUUUCUAACUAAAGAAAGAAAUUGCUUUUCGUAAUUCUUAGUUGUGUGUAGUGGGAUGUAAUAAAAAGUAGUUUUGAAGGCAGAAUCGAUAGGAUGAGAUGGAUAAGAAUGAGAUGAUUAGAAUGAAGAAUAAGGGCAAUUGAGAGGAGAAUCAGAGGGACAGGCAGCAUGUGCAGAAGGGCAGGCAAUGGCAUGUGUGUGGUGUGGUGUCAAUGGCUCUCAAUACUUAUGACCACCACCACCCCACCCCACCCCACCUUUAUUUCCUUCCUUUUAUCAGACUGCAAAGGAUAAUCAGAUCACAACUGGUGGCCCAGCCCCCGUAUCUUCUCCUUUCCUUUGACUGGAUAACAAUUAUUAAUUCUGUGCUCCAAGGUUACAGUGUUUUUUUUGUAUCUAUAGUGUAUACAUAUACUCACAAGAAGAAACUCUGCUCCAAGGUAACAUGUCUUUGUUUCCAAGUUGUAAGCCGUAAGGAGAAACAAGUUUGUUGUAAGCUAAUGUCAAGUUUGACUGUCUGAGUGUUUUUUCUUCUUUCUUUGUACUGAAUAAAUAGAUUUGUACUAAUAUGAAGCAUAUUUUCCAUGGCUUGCUUA